AUGGGUCGCGUCCGCACGAAGACUACCAAGCGCGCUGCUCGUGUCCUCAUCGAGAAGUACUACCCGCGCCUUAACCCGGUGGACUUCCACACCAACAAGAAGGUGAUCGACGAGGUGGCCAUUGUGCCUUCGAAGCGCCUUCGCAACAAGAUCGCUGGUUUCACGACCCAUCUUAUGAGGCGUAUCCAGCGCGGCCCUGUUCGUGGCAUCUCGUUCAAGCUCCAGGAGGAGGAGCGUGAGCGUAAGGACCAAUACGUGCCCGAGGUGUCUGCGCUUGACCCAUCGGUGGCUCCUCUUGAGGUCGACCCUGACACAGAGGAGAUGAUCCAGAGCCUUGGCUUCGACAACCUGCCCUUGCUUGUGACUGCCCCAGUGACGGCUCACUCGCUGCCUGAGCGCAAGGGCCGCCAUAUCCCUGGCGCCGGUCGCCGCUAA